GUCAAAUUGAUCCGUAACAUAAUACAAGGUUAACUAGCAUGAUUUGUUAACCCUUGUAUUAUGUUACGGGUCAAUUAGACCCGUUUCAGUUUUUGUGUUGACCAAAGUACUGGUUAUCCUUUCUUUUUCUUCAUGAAAUUUUGUGACUUUUCCUCAUCUAGGGUCAUUAACACAAAAACUGAAACAGGUCAAAUUGACCCGUAACAUAAUGCAAGGGUUAACUACCAUGAUGCUAGCAUGAUUUGUUAACAAAUCAUGCUAGUUAACCUUGUUAACCUUAACUGAAACGGGUCAAAUUGACCCGCAACAUAAUACAAGGGUUAACAAAUCAUGCUAGUUAACCUUGUUAACCUUAACUGAAACGGGUCAAAUUGACCCGCAACAUAAUACAAGGGUUAACAAAUCAUGCUAGUUAACCUUGUUAACCUUAACUGAAACGGGUCAAAUUGACCCGCAACAUAAUACAAGGGUUAACAAAUCAUGCUAGUUAACCUUGUUAACCUUAACUGAAACGGGUCAAAUUGACCCGCAACAUAAUACAAGGGUUAACAAAUCAUGCUAGUUAACCUUGUUAACCUUAACUGAAACGGGUCAAAUUGACCCGCAACAUAAUACAAGGGUUAACAAAUCAUGCUAGUUAACCUUGUUAACCUUAACUGAAACGGGUCAAAUUGACCCGCAACAUAAUACAAGGGUUAACAAAUCAUGCUAGUUAACCUUGUUAACCUUAACUGAAACGGGUCAAAUUGACCCGCAACAUAAUACAAGGGUUAAAAUGCAUAAGAAAGUUGUUGAUUUUGAAUAUUAUUAUAUUAUCAUUUCUGUCAUGGUUUACUUUAAAAUGUUAGCAAAAAUACAUUUUUAUUGUGGUAAGAAAUGCUUGAGAGCCAGAUACAGUCAUCAAAAGAGCCCUACCUGGCUCCCGAGCCAUAGGUUCCCUACCUCUGUUCUAAGCGUUGUAUCUGGGACAACGGCCCACUGUCUUCACUCCCGGUGCCGGCUAUCGCCACGUGCUACAAUACCUGCUUUGAAUGCGGAUGCGGAUUUGAACAAGUAGGGGAAAUCUCAAUGCUUGUAAGACCGAGUAGCACAAACGGCAUGUCAAUUUAAUGAAACGCAGUCGGGAUGAGCGAGUACACCACUAUCUGUAUGUGCUCACCCAUCUAAAUUAUCCGUAUCCAUACUCGGAGUGGCUAAAAAUACAUGAUCCGUAACGGAUACUCGUUAAUAACAUCCCUAAAAAUCAGAUGUUAACGAUGCGAGAUCAAAUGAAAAAAGCAAUCUCAUCACCUCACCAGUCAUUUUAGAGGCACAUGUGAUAUAUUUGAUAAGUAAAUGCACAUAUAAAUAAUAAAAGAGUAGAAGGACGAAGGUGAAGCGCACCAGGCUGGUGCGCCAUAAAAGUGCGCCAAGUCUUUCAAAUCCAUCAGCGGCGUAGCUGCAUCGUGCAUCUGUUGCGGUAUCGCGGGGCGCUGCCCCGGCCGUACUCUUUACAGGAGCUGGCACACGUGCCUCUUCUUGCGCUUGCGAACCUGCAGCGCCGCUCUGGUGGCCAUCUCGAAGACCUCGCGCACACCGUCCUUGGUCUUGGCCGAGCACUCCAGGUAGCUGAAGGCGCCGAUGCGGUUGGCCAUGUCCCUGCCUUCGUCCGACUUGACCGGUUCCUGCGGGUUGGACCGUGACAGACGGAGCUAGGUUAGAACGACGUUGCGGUCGCGGCGGCCGCAACGUGACGGUUGGCACGCGCCUGUUUCAUCUUGGCCAGCUCUCGCCGUGUGUUUUCGUCAUUCCUGAGGUCCUUCUUGUUACCCACAAGGAUGAUGGGGACGUUGGGACAAAAAUGUUUCACUUCGGGCGUCCAUUUCUCCGGAAUGUUCUCUUUGAGAAGGGAGAAUCAACAUUCCAGCUUUUAAGGAAAACGGCGUACACGAUUUUAAACGAUUUUAAAUGUGUAUAAAUGAAUGCUACAUCUUUUAGCAUAGCCUUACCGAGGCUGUCAGGGCUGUCAAUGGAGAAGCACAUGAGGAUAACGUCGGUGUCCGGGUAGGAGAGAGGCCUCAAUCUGUCGUAGUCUUCCUGACCUGCCGUGUCCCACAGCGCCAGUUCCACCUGGCAGAGGAGGGCAAAAGGAGGCCAUCAGUGCUCUCCAAAGUAGGUGGUAGCUAGGACAACCGUUGAAAUGGCUUCCAUGGAAAGUAAAUAUUGUCCAUGACCGGUUCAUGUGGUCUCGUGUGUCCUGUUGGUGGUCAAAACUAUUUCACACUUAUACGACUUAAUGAUAUGUAAAAACGACUAAACGCAACUAACGACCAAGGCACAUAUAUUUAGAGUAGUUACUUACUGGGGAACUAAUGAGUAGAGUAGUUACUAAGGCACAUGCAUUUUAGACUAGUUACUGGGGAACUAAUGACUAAGGCACAUACGCUUAGAGUAGUUACUUAUUGGGAAACUAAUGAUUAGAGUAGUUCUAAGGCACAUAAAUUUAGAGUGGUUACUGAGGAACUAAUGACUAAGGCACAUAUAUUUAAAGUAGUUACUUACUGGGGAACUAAUGAUUAGAGUAGUUACUAAGGCACAUGCAUUUAGACUAGUUGCUGGGGAACUAAUGACUAAGGCACAUACGCUUAGAGUAGUUACUUAUUGGGAAACUAAUGAUUAGAGUAGUUCUAAGGCACAUAAAUUUGAGUGGUUACUGAGGAACUAAUGACUAAGGCACAUAUAUUUAGAGUAGUUACUUACUGGGGAACUAAUGAUUAGAGUAGUUCUAAGGCACAUACAUUUAGAGUGGUUACUGAGGAACUAAUGACUAAGGCACAUAUAUUUAAAGUAGUUACUUAUUGGGAAACUAAUGAUUAGAGUAGUUACUAAGGCACAUGCAUUUAGACUAGUUACUGGGGAACUAAUGACUAAGGCACAUACGCUUAGAGUAGUUACUUAUUGGGAAACUAAUGAUUAGAGUAGUUCUAAGGCACAUAAAUUUGAGUGGUUACUGAGGAACUAAUGACUAAGGCACAUAUAUUUAAAGUAGUUACUUACUGGGGAACUAAUGAUUAGAGUAGUUCUAAGGCACAAACAUUUAGAGUGGUUACUGAGGAACUAAUGACUAAGGCACAUAUAUUUAAAGUAGUUACUUACUGGGGAACUAAUGAUUAGAGUAGUUCUAAGGCACAUACAUUUAGAGUGGUUACUGAGGAACUAAUGACUAAGGCACAUACGCUUAGAGUAGUUACUUAUUGGGAAACUAAUGAUUAGAGUAGUUCUAAGGCACAUAAAUUUGAGUGGUUACUGAGGAACUAAUGACUAAGGCACAUAUAUUUAAAGUAGUUACUUAUUGGGGAACUAAUGAUUAGAGUAGUUCUAAGGCACAUAAAUUUGAGUGGUUACUGAGGAACUAAUGACUAAGGCACAUAUAUUUAAAGUAGUUACUUACUGGGGAACUAAUGAUUAGAGUAGUUCUAAGGCACAUACAUUUAGAGUGGUUACUGAGUAACUAAUGACUAAGGCACAUAUAUUUAAAGUAGUUACUUACUGGGGAACUAAUGAGUAGAGUAGUUACUAAGGCACAUGCAUUUAGACUAGUUACUGGGGAACUAAUGACUAAGGCACAUACGCUUAGAGUAGUUACUUAUUGGGAAACUAAUGAUUAGAGUGGUUCUAAGGCACAUACAUUUAGAGUGGUUACUGAGGAACUAAUGACUAAGGCACAUAUAUUUAAAGUAGUUACUUACUGGGGAACUAAUGAUUAGAGUAGUUCUAAGGCACAUACAUUUAGAGUGGUUACUGAGGAACUAAUGACUAAGGCACAUAUAUUUAAAGUAGUUACUUACUGGGGAACUAAUGAGUAGAGUAGUUACUGAGGCACAUGCAUUUAGACUAGUUACUGGGGAACUAAUGACUAAGGCACAUAUAGUUUUACUUAAUGAUAUGUAAAAAGUAGGGCUGUCAAAGUUCACGUGUUAGCAUAGCAUUAGAUCGAUGCACGGUGACGCUGUAGCCACAAGCUGGAACAAAUAAGCAGAAACGGAGAAAGAAAACGAGUAUUUGUAUUGUUAAACUGAGCUUCAAAGCCCUGGCAGAUGGCUCUAGUAGCAAGACCCAAGUUAUUUGGUUCUACUCUCAUCACGGAUUACAUGGCCUGCGUGGAAAAAACAUAAUAGGUCUACUCUAAGACGUUUUACAUUUUACAACUUCACAGAACUUCAGACUUUGAAUUUGUCCAAAAAUAUCGGUAUAUAUAUAUCGUGUAUUCAACGUAAGUAUAUUGGGAUAUGAGUUUUGGUCCAUAUCAAACCGCGACAGCCCCAAAUGCAGCAAAAAUCGGGGGUUUUCAAUCUCCUCAAAUCUCCAAUAUAAGAUAUAGCAGAUGGCUCUUGUAGCAAGACCCAAGUUUUUUUGGUUCUACUCUCAUCGCGGAUUACAUGGCCUGCCAGAGACCAGAGCAGUGUAGGUCGCUUUUAAUCGCAGCUCCAAUUAAACAUGAAAAAAAAAAUGUGGGAUUGUAUUGUAAUAAAAAAUGAAUUUCUAUGUAUUAUAAUGUGUUUUAAAAGAGAAAUGUAUUUUCAUUUGUACAUUUCAUGAAGGAAAGAUGCAUUGUGGCAAAUCUUUAAUAUUAAUCCUUUCUGAAUGAUCCUAAAUAGGCUUUUUUACUCACAAACAUUUAGAAUUUAAAACCAGUAUCAUAUAUAAAUCUUAUUUUUGCGCUCACAUUUUGUAUUUGCUGAAUGUUUGUGGGCGAGUUUAAUAACUAUUGUGCUAAUAAUAUAGAAAUAUAAUAAUACAAUAAUAUGCUUGCUGACUAUUGUUUUAAAUAAUGGCCGAAAUUUAUGAAAUUGAUAUCCCUUUCCAUAAAAUUUCGGUAUUUCUACCUGCGAUUAAAUGUGAUUAAUUGAGUUAACUGGACAGAUUGCGAUUAAUCACGGUCAGAUAUUUUAAUCGGUUGACAGCACUCAUAAAAAGUAAAGCGUCUCUUGCUUUUACUACCAUCGGCCACUAGGUGUCAUGCGUUGUCCGAGUUAAGCUGCUAGCUGCUAGCUGCUAAAUAUUCCGCUGGAUGAGGUUUAAAAAGUGACAUCAUCGUGUCGUCGGCGAGAACGGCAACUUCAAGUAUUAGAUGUCGGAUCCCGCCACACUCCCAGAGGGACUGGAGCGGGAAACAGGAAAGAGGACAUUAUUCAUUACACGGGGGUGAGGGGGGUGGGGGGGGUUUCCCAGCCGGUACAGGAAGGUGGCGCACAUCCAUUUCCUGUUAUUGACUGGCGUUCAGCUGUGGAAUUACAAUGAAAAGUCCCAGAGUACUGCCGCGGUCUGUAGUACUCGCGCUUCACAGUAGUACCCAGCGCCAUGUACCUGUUUGCCAUCCACUUCGAUGUCGGCAAUGUAGUUCUCAAAGACGGUGGGGACGUAGACCUCCGGGAACUGGUCCUUGCUGAAGACGAUGAGGAGACACGUCUUACCGCACGCGCCGUCGCCGACUAUGACCAACUUCUUCCUGAUGGCUGCCAUCUGCAAAGACGUUACAUUGGGAAGAUAUAGCAGAUAUAUCAGAUUUUUAUUAUUAUUAUUUUAUUUUGGUAUACAUCAGAUUACAAUUGAGUGCAUCCCAUAAUCAAAUCCUACCCCUCCAUCUGGUACUUUUACAAUCAGUAACUGUUACAUUUGUUCACUUCCUGCUUUCCAUAAUACAGUUUAAGGUUUUUUGUUUUUGUUUUUUUUCUUAAUAUACACAUAUAUACAUAUAUAUAUUUCCUAAUGUCAUUUAAUUUUUGUAAUUUUUUAAAUUAUUUUUUGUAUUAUUUUUUUAAUUUUUAGUAUUUUUUAAUUUUAUUUUUUAUUUUUAUUUUGGUAUGGAUCAGAUUACAAUUGAGUGCAUCAAAUAAUCAGUUCCCAGUUGCACAUGUCCAAAAGGAGUAGGAAGAAGCAAAACUUAUUAAAUCCUACCCCUCCAUCUGGUACUUUUACAAUCAGUAACUGUUACAUUUGUUCACUUCCUGCUUUCCAUAAUACAGUUUUUUUUUAGCCUUAUGCAUUAUUUUAGCUGUUUGAAGAUGAACUAUAUCAGUAAGUUGAAGUAUUAGUGAUUUUAGAAAUAAGGAGUUAGUAUGUUCUCUGUAGGCGGCAUUAUGAAUUAUCCUUACUGGCCUUUUUUGCAGUACAUUUAGCGAAUGAAGAUUGCUUUUUAUAGUUAUUAGCCCAUAUUUCCACACAAUAAGUAAGAUAUGGUAGAACCAGAGAGAAUGAAUGAGUGGAUACUUGUAGCAUACAGGUUUAGCUUGAUUGAAAUACAUUAUUUUUAUUUUAAAAGAGACAUAAGUGUCUGCAUCACUGGAGCCAAGCAGGACAGUAAGGGUGUGGUGGCUCAGAUUCCUCCGGACAAACAAUUUAGCAAUAUUUCAAACUAGUCCAAUGGUCCAGUCACUCAAUUCGUUCAGAAAAUUCGAAAUAUAGAGACACAUUAUACCGGAAAUGUCGGAUUUUCAAGCCUCCGCAAUGUUUUGGUUCAAUCGUAACUUUAUUGUCCAAAUUUCACCGUCGGUGACGUCAUCAAAUGAGGCUCCUCGUGCUAGUAGUGUCAGGGUUGGGUUCAAGGUACUGCUAAACUUUUAACGUCUAACCUGUUUAAGAGGGAAAAAAACACCUUAUGGAAUAAAAUGUGACGCGUUGCUAUUACUUCGAAGAAACGUUUAAAAGCAUUAGUCACCAACAGAGGGAAACUUCUGGGAAAAAGUAACAGGUUUCAACAAGUCAGCGAGGUACUGCUGCUAGCUAGCUAGAGAGCAGCCGCGGUUUAAUUUUGACCUCAAAGUCACUUUUUGUCUGUGUAAGUUAUUAGGCUUUUUAGGAGUUUUUUUUCGCCUACCUUCGCCGAAAAAAAGACUUUCAAAUUCGGAGGAGUUCCGUGUUUGCUUGGCUAGGCGUAUCAGCGGCAGUGUGCAUGAAACAGCCCAGAAAGAAUCAGACGCAUUACCCUCCCCGGUUGCUGCGUUCAAUUACAACUUGUAAACUUUGCUAUCAUUCCGUAUGUUGGUUCGCGAGGCAAUAAUUGUCGUUAAUGUCAAUGAAUGUUUACAUGAAUAACAGUCCUCAUUUUAAAUAUUAAAAUGUCAUUCUAAAAAUAUUGUUUUUCAAAUCUUAAAAAUUGUCUCCAUGUUGCCGUGAUAGGAGUGGAAAGUGGAAAUAGUCCGAUUUCACUGAAUGCAACGUUGAAUCCCAUUGGUUGCGAGUACCAGCGUUCCCUCCCCCUGACGGUUAUUGGAUGACAUCACUUUAGGAACAUUUUGAAAUAUAAUAUAAUAUAUAUAUAAAAUAUAUAAUAUAAAGAUAUAUUUAGAAUAUUUAGAUAAAAAACUUAUUCCCAAAUGAGUUGAACAAUUUGAUGCUGGAAGCAUUCACACUAUUACUUUACAGAACUGUUAUUCCUGUCAUAUUACAGUGUAGUAAUUUCCAAGUCUUACCACAAGAGGGCGCCCAAAUACAAGAUAACUGUUAUUAUAAUAUGCUUUGUCCUUAUGGUUGAUUUAAUUCUAUUUCUCUUUGAAGGUUUUUUUUUAUUUAUCAGAAACCAUAUGAACUAGUUCAUGCUCCUUUACUUCUGUAGAGUAUACUUUGGGGAUUUGUAAACUAGACCUUGACCAAAUAAAAAGACUCAUUUCUCCAUAAGUUGACAUUUAUAGUCACCAUCAUUUCCUACCUCCUACUAAUGAGAAUGUAGACACAAGCGUUUUUUUUUUUCUUUCCAAAGCGUCUUUCAUCUGGACUCCCUGUGGUGUCUUUUUUUACUCGGUAAUCAGCUGAGUAAAAUACACUUCUGGGAGCUGAGAAAGAUUGGGUAUAAAUUCCCCCUGUUGCUUCCCAUAAAAUACUCCCAAACUGCCAAACUCCCAAACUCAUUAUUCAUGUGUGGAUGUCAUGUGGGAAAUUGGGGAGAUUGGAGAAGUGUGGAACGGGAGAAGCAGGUGGGGAAGGAGGGAUGAAUGGAUGCAGUGUGGACCCCCCACUGGCAAAUGAACUGAAUUGGAUUCAGUGGCCUCGCCUUGCACACUGAUGUCUCUUUGGGUUACACGCGGACAUCGGAGAAAUGCCGCGGGAGUAGUUUAACUUCUCUUAGACCCGUCGCUGUCCGGAAGUACUUCAUGUCAGGCUUGAAGAGUCUUGAAGCAGUCAUGAUGUGCUAUAUAUAUCACUAUAUUGGCACUUACUAUGGUACCCAUUAUGGCAUUGGAUGCUCAUAUCACCGAGUACUUUGGUACGUGACAAAAAAAAAAACAACAAAUAAAAAACUUGAACUAUAUUAGGAAAGCAGGAAGUGAACAAAUGUAACAGUUACUGAUUGUAAAAGUACCAGAUGGAGGGGUAGGAUUUAAUAAGCUUUGCUUCUUCCUACUCCUUUUGGACAUGUGGAACUGGGAACUGAUUAUUUGAUGCACUCAAUUGGAAUCUGAUCCAUACCAAAAUAAAAAAAAAAAUAAAAAAAUAAUAAAAAUUAAAAAAAAUAAUUACAAAAAUUAAAUUAUAUUUAAAAAAAAAUAUAUAUAUAUAUAUAUAUAUAUAUAUAUGUGUGUGUGUAUAUUAGGAAAAUAAAACCCACAAAAAACCUUAAACUGUAUUAUGGAAAGCAGGAAGUGAACAAAUGUAACAGUUACUGAUUGUAAAAGUACCAGAUGGAGGGGUAGGAUUUAAUAAGCUUUGCUUCUUCCUACUCCUUUUGGACAUGUGGAACUGGGAACUGAUUAUGGGAUGCACUCAAUUGUAAUCUGAUCCGUACCAAAAUAAAAAUAAAUAAAUAAAUAAUAUUAAUAAAAUAAAAAAAAAUACUUAAAAUUAAAAAUAUAUAUAUUAGGAAAUAUAUAUGUGUAUAUAUAUGUAUAUUGGGAAAAAAACAAAACAAAAAAACCUUAAACUGUAUUAUAGAAAGCAGGAAGUGAACAAAUGUAACAGUUAGUGAUUGUAAAAGUACCAGAUGGAGGGGUAGGAUUUAAUAAGCUUUGCUUCUUCCUACUCCUUUUGGAUAUGUGGAACUGGGAACUGAUUAUGGGAUGCACUCAAUUGGAAUCUGAUGCAUGUUCAAAUGAAAUAAAACCAUUACCAUUACCAUUACCAUUACCAUUACCAAUAACCUUUCAACUUUCAAUUCUUCUCCAUUUGGGCUCUCCUAACUGAAGUAUACUUUCAAUGGUUGACAAAAACGCCUUUGCAGCAAUAUUUCUCUUCAACCCCCCAAAUAGAACCUUUUCUGUCUGAUCCCAUCCCGAUAAGAACUAAAGCUCUUUAUGAGAUUUAGAAAAGGAGAAACAGAGUGACACGCUGUAAAGGAGGAGAAAGAGAGAGAAAACGAGUGGGAGAAGAUUAAAAAUACAGAAGGAGCAACAGAUAUGCCCGUCCAUGAAUCAGUACUGUGGAAAAAAAAAAAAAAACCUAAUCCCAGAUUUCAACGGGUGUUGUGUUUCCUAAAACGAAAUCCUGUAUUGUGACAGGCUCCUGUAUCAUAGCGUUUGUGUUCUACAAGUUAUAAACAUGACCCCACUGCACUGAUGCUAAAAUGAUGGGAAGGUUUAUAGUACAACAUCAGGCAGGGAUCAAGUGUUAAAAGAACACAAUCCCAGGCAUUAAAUGAAGAGUAAAAAUAUAUAAUAAUAUAAUAAAUAAAAUAAAAUAAAAUAAAAUAAAAUAAAAUAAAAUAAAAUAAAAUAAAAUAAAAUAAAAUAAAAUAAAAUAAAAUAAAAUAAAAUAAAAUAAAAUAAAAUAAAAUAAAAUAAAAUAAAAUAAAAUAAAAUUAAAAAAAAAAUAGCAAUGUAUCUCAGAAAAAGUCAUCCAUUUGCUUAUUGGCAAACAUAAACAUGACCCCACUGCACUGACGCUAAAAUGAAGGGAAGGUUUAUAGUACAACAUCAGGCAAGGAUCAAGUGUUAAAAGAACACAAUCCCAGGCAUUAAAUGAAGAGUAAAAAUAUAGAAUAAAAUAAAAAUAAAAAUAAAAAUAAAAAUAAAAAUAAAAAUAAAAAUAAAAAUAAAAAUAAAAAUAAAAAUAAAAAUAAAAAUAAAAAUAAAAAUAAAAAUAAAAAUAAAAAUAAAAAUAAAAAAUAGCAAUGUAUCUCAGAAAAAGUCAUCCAUUUGCUUAUUGGCAAACAUAAACAUGACCCCACUGCACUGACGCUAAAAUGAAGGGAAGGUUUAUAGUAGAACAUCAGGCAGGGAUCAAGUGCUAAAAGAACACAAUCCCAGGCAUUAAAUGAAGAGUAAAAAUAUAUAAUAAUAUAAUAAAUAAAAAUAAAAAUAAAAAUAAAAAUAAAAAUAAAAAUAAAAAUAAAAAUAAAAAUAAAAAUAAAAAUAAAAAUAAAAAUAAAAAUAAAAAUAAAAAUAAAAAUAAAAAUAAAAAUAAAAAUAAAUAUAAAAAUAGGCAUUAAAUGAAGAGUAAAAAUAUUAAAAAUAAAAAUAAAAAUAAAAAUAAAAAUAAAAAUAAAAAUAAAAAUAAAAAUAAAAAUAAAAAUAAAAAUAAAAAUAAAAGCAAUGUAUCUCAAAAAAGUCAUCCAUUUACUUAUUCAAUCUCAUACAUGUCAGAAUACGCCAUUGAGAAAUACUGCAUUACAAACCGAUACCGCCGUCUUCACCUUCACUAUUGAAUGUUUUAAAGAGCCAUGGAAACCGGUUUCAGUGCAGCCUCUCCCUCGCUUGCCCUCGCUUCCCAGCUGGUGUGCAUAUCAUGGCGCACGUAUAGGAUAACCGACUCCUUUCACACGUGGACAUCUGAUAAGUCAAAGCAUCAUCACUUUGCUUCCCAAGUGAGACAGCAGGUGACAUCGUCAAUAAAUAGUCAUAUGAGCAUUUCCUGUUUUUGCGCCUCCAUUUGUUUGUGCGUUGGUAUAUUUGGCGAAAUGGAACACCUCAUGGAACACAUCAUUGAAUUUACGGUCCAUCAUAACCACACAAUAACGACACAAUAACUCCAAGUAUGACAGCACAAACAUACAUAUUAAAUGCACAAACAGCACAAACAAAGAAUGGCAAAUAUUUGACUAUUUUGGAUUCUGAGAGUGUUUGAGGGGGAUGAUUAUGUAAUAGGCCAAAACCAAAAACAAAAGCAGCACAAAUGUUAAUUUUAACUGCACAAAACAGCACAAACGUAGCACAAAAAAUGACACUACUUCGGUUCAAUUUGGAGCAUGUUGGGGGAUGGUUAUGUAAUAGACCAAAACUUAAAUCAUUAAUAACUCAAUAACAAAAACAGCACAAAUGGUCAAUUUAACCGCACAAACCAGCACAAACCUAGCACAAAAAAAUGACAUUACUUUGGUUCAUUUUAGAGCAUGUUGGUGGGCUGGUUAUGCAAUAGGCCAAAACUUAAAUCAAUAAUAACUCAACAACAAAAACAGCACAAAUGGUCAAUUUAACCGCACAAACCAGCACAAACCUAGCACAAAAAAAUGACAUUACUUUGGUUCAUUUUAGAGCAUGUUGGUGGGCUGGUUAUGCAAUAGGCCAAAACUUAAAUCAAUAAUAACUCAACAACAAAAACAGCACAAAUGGUCAAUUUAACCGCACAAACCAGCACAAACCUAGCACAAACCAGCACAAACCUAGCACAAAAAAAUGACACUACUUUGGUUAAAUUUGGAGCAUGUUGGGGGGCUGGGUGACCUUUGUUUGACCUAUGUAAUAAACUGUAAUAAGAAUUUUUUUUAAUUUUAACUCCACAAAACAGCACAAACGUAGCACAAAAAAAUGACACUAUUUCGGUUCAAUUUGGAGCAUGUUGUAGGCUGGUUAUGCAAUAGGCCAAAACUUAAAUCAUUAAUAACUCAAUAACAAAAACAGCACAAAUGGUCAUCUUAACCGCACAAACCAGCACAAACCAGCACAAACCCAGCACAAACUUAGCACAAACCUAGCACAAAAAAAUGGCACUACUUUGGUUAAAUUUGGAGCAUGUUGGGGGGCUGGGUGACCUUUGUUUGACCUAUGUAAUAAACUGUAAUAAGAAUUUUUUUUAUUUUAACUCCACAAAACAGCACAAACGUAGCACAAAAAAAUGACACUACUUCGGUUCGAUUUGGAGCAUGUUGAGGGCUGGUUAUGUAAUAGACCAAAACUUAGAUCAUUAAUAACUCAUAAACAAAAACAGCACAAAUGGUCAAUUUAACCGCACAAACCAGCACAAACCUAGCACAAACUUAGCAAAAAAAAAAUGGCACUACUUUGGUUCAAUUUGGAGCAUGUUGGGGGGCUGGGUGACCUUUGUUUGACCUAUGUAAUAAACUGUAAUAAGAUUUUUUUUUUUAAUUUUAACUCCACAAAACAGCACAAACGUAGCACAAAAAAAUGACACCACUUCGGUUCAAUUUGGAGCAUGUUGGGGGCUGGUUAUGUUAUAGGCCAAAACUUAAAUCAUUAAUAACUCAAUAACAAAAACAGCACAAAUGGUCAAUUUAACCGCACAAACCAGCACAAACCAGCACAAACCUAGCACAAAAAAAUGACACUAUUUUGGUUCAAUUUGGAGCAUGUUGGGGGGCUGGGUGACCUUUGUUUGACUUAUGUAAAAAACUACAAUAACUGAAAAACAAAGCAGAAAAAAUGCAAUUUUUUUUUUCAAAACAGCACAAACGUAGCACAAAAAAAUGACACUACUUCGGUUCAAUUUGGAGCAUGUUGAGGGCUGGUUAUGUGUUAGGCCAAAACUUAAAUCAUUAAUAACUCAAUAACAAAAACAGCACAAAUGGUCAUCUUAACCGCACAAACCCAGCACAAACCUAGCACAAACCUAGCACAAAAAAAUAACACUACUUUGGUUCAAUUCAGAGUAUGUUGGGGGGCUGGGUGACCUUUGUUUGACCUAUGUAAUAAACUGUAAUAACUGUAAUAAGAAUUUUUUUUUUAUUUUAACUCCACAAAACAGCACAAACGUAGCACAAAAAAUGACACUACUUCGGUUCAAUUUGGGGGCAUGUUGUAGGCUGGUUAUGUAAUAGGUCAAAAUGCCAAUAUGUAAAUACAAAAUUAGUUCAACACAAUAAAAAAAAUUGAGGAAUUUCGCUAUUUUUAUAAAAUUGCAAUGAUAAUUGUAAUUCAAAGUCAUAAUUUGAACGAGAAGAUCAGCGCAGGGUGGGUCUUGAAUAUCUGAAAUGUAAAUUUACUGCAGCUCACUGUGGCGUUGUCGCCGCUAAUGAGAGCCCCAAGCAGGACUCAUUGGACAUUCACGCUGAGAUGCAAGACCAUCAAUUAGCGAUGCAGGAGGAGACUGGCCUUUCAAGCUUAUUGCGGCUUUGAAGGGAUAAGGCCGUUUGAACAUUUACAUCUUGGAGUGAAAAAAGGGAAAAGGAGAAACAGACAAGAGGAAAAAGAUGAGCUGGCAGGUUGCGCCCCGUUGCUGUCAAGUCGUCUUUUGCUGAGGCAACUCUGCUUUUCAACUUCAAUUACAGUCUCUGAUAAAUGAUGUGAUUCCCGAUUCAAUACCGAGUAAGACUAUGUCCACAUCAAUACGCAUUUUGAAAAAAAAUCAUAUUUUUCUACGCAUUUUGGCUAACACAUGGCAAGAACAUGUUGAUUGCUUUUGACAGAGCUGCUUUGCCCGCACAUUGAAUACUUCCCAGUUGUAAGAAGUCUACUGAUAGACUGCUGUAAUACAACACAAGGACGUAGAACACAAUGUGCAUUCAUACUUGACGUGGUAGCAGUAGUCCAUAAAUACAAUAACAAACAAAUACAACAGAGUACUGAUAGACUGCUGUAAUACAACACAAGGACGUAGAACACAAUGUGCGUUCAUACGUGAUGUGGUAUCAGUAGUCCAUAAAUACAAUAACAAACAGAUACUGAUACAGAUACUGAUAGAUUGCUGUAAUACAACACAAGGACGCAGAACACAAUGUGCGUUCAUUCGUGAUGUGGUAGCAGUAGUACAUAAAUACAAUAACAAACAGAUACUGAUACAGAUACUGAUAGAUUGCUGUAAUACAACACAAGGACGCAGAACACAAUGUGCGUUCAUACGUGACGUGGUGCAGUAGUCCAUAAAUACAAUAACAAACAGAUACAACAGAGUACUGAUAGACUGCUGUAAUACAACACAAGGACGCAGAACACAAUGUGCGUUCAUACGUGACGUGGUAGCAGUAGUCCAUAAAUACAAUAACAAACAGAUACAACAGAGUACUGAUAGACUGCUGUAAUACAACACAAGGACGCAGAACACAAUGUGCGUUCAUACAUAAUGUGGUAGCAGUAGAACAUAAAUGCAAUAACAAACAGAUACUGAUACAGAUACUGAUAGAUUGCUGUAAUACAACACAAGCACGCAGAACACAAUGUGCGUUCAUACGUGAUGUGGUAGCAGUAGUACAUAAAUACAAUAACAAACAGAUACUGAUACAGAUACUGAUAGAUUGCUGUAAUACAACACAAGGACGUAGAACACAAUGUGCGUUCAUACUUGACGUGGUAGCAGUAGUCCAUAAAUACAAUAACAAACAGAUACAACAGAGUACUGAUAGACUGCUGUAAUACAACACAAGGACGCAGAACACAAUGUGCGUUCAUACGUGAUGUGGUAGCAGUAGUACAUAAAUACAAUAACAAACAGAUACUGAUACAGAUGCUGAUAUACUGCUGUAAUACAACACAAGGACGCAGAACACAAUGUGCGUUCAUACGUGAUGUGGUAGCAGUAGUACAUAAAUACAAUAACAAACAGAUACUGAUACAGAUACUGAUAGAUUGCUGUAAUACAACACAAGGACGCAGAACACAAUGUGCGUUCAUACGUGAUGUGGUAGCAGUAGUACAUAAAUACAAUAACAAACAGAUACUGAUACAGAUACUGAUAGAUUGCUGUAAUACAACACAAGGACGCAGAACACAAUGUGCGUUCAUACGUGACGUGGUAGCAGUAGAACAUAAAUACAAUAACAAACAGAUACAACAGAGUACUGAUAGACUGCUGUAAUACAACACAAGGACGCAGAACACAAUGUGCGUUCAUACGUGACGUGGUAGCAGUAGUACAUAAAUACAGUAACAAACAGAUACAACAGAGUACUGAUAGACUGCUGUAAUACAACACAAGGACGCAGAACACAAUGUGCGUUCAUAUGCAGGCAAUUGCCUGUGUUUGCCUCACCCCCUGAAAAUUAGUCUUUAUGUGUGUUUUUGUACUUUGGAAACUAUACUAUAUACAAUACUUUAGUGCAGGGGCGGCCCGCGGGCCGUGAGUUUGAGGCCCCCGCCUUGAUAUGAAAGUUUAAUUUGUUAAUUUGCUUCAUUUGUUUUUUGAUUUUCUUAUUUAUUUUUCCAUCUUAUUUUGUGUUGAAAAAUAAAAAUUAACAUAGAACAUUUAUUUAAUAAUUUAUUAAUAAAUAAAAAUAAAUUUAUCAUAAUUUAUAAUAAUUUAAUGUUUUAUCAGAGCUUUUCCAAAGAACCAAAGCACUGAAAAAGUGGAGGGUAUAGCAGAAGCAUUGAAGACUAUUAUAUUAUAUAUUUAUUAAUAUUUAAUAUAAUUAAUAUUUAUUAAUAUUUUUAUUAUAUUUUUAUUUUUAAUAUAUAUAUAUAUAUUUUUUUUUCACCCAGACCCUAGCUCCAGUGGCCCCCAAAUAAAUUGAGUUUGAGACCCCUGCUUUAGUGUAUUCUGAACAGUUAUUUCAGCAUUCAACCGCUAGAGGGCGCUGCUCCCCUUUCGCAGCUGCCACAUAGUCCCGCUGUUGAUCCUGCAGGAGGGCAGUCCGGUUGCGCACUAACAGUCCGUCUGACUCCAACAGCAGCGCACAUCUGUCCCGACGCGUCCUCGUCAUCCGGGAGGUUAAAGGAUUCUCGCCGCGACAAAAACCUUAACAUGGAUUUCUUCAUCAUGUUUCCUUGUCCCUGUAACUAAGUUUCCUUGAAUCCAUCCAAAGUGGAAAAGAGGAGCGGAACUUUGCGCGGACCCUUUUCCGGGGAAGACGGCGCAGACCUCCGUGACGGGAAUCCCUGUUGACAAGGAGUCCCCGCAGCUCGACUGUGGAAGUGGAUGUUUGGGGUGGAACUUUGCCGUCCAAGUAUACACAUAGAAGCCCAGCAGCCGUGGUAAAUAGCGGAUGAGGGGGUCGGGAUGCGAGCCUUGGUGUUGUCUCGGAUAGCGGACUGGCGAUGAGGAGGGAGAUCAGCUGAAGAGAAGCAGACCUCACCGCACCAACAGGAUGCGGGAGCGGGGCCCCUGUAUUUGUGGAUUUGGUCUGUGGAGUCUACUGCUGUCGCUUUGUCUGGCCUCGCUCACUCAUGCACACAGAAGCCACACAGAGGUGUUUGCCUUGCAGCGAUGUUGUUUUUCUUACGUCUUUGUACAACAACCUCGGUCAAGUGCACGUCAAGGCAGGCACGUGUGAGGUGAUUGCCGCCCAUCGUUGCUGCAACAAGAACAAGAUCGAGGAAAGAUCUCAGACCGUCAAAUGUUCCUGCUUCCCCGGACAGGUUGCCGGCACCACUCGGGCCAUGCCCUCUUGUGUUGAUGCGUCCAUCGUUGGCCAGAAGUGGUGGUGUCAGAUGCAGCCUUGCAUGGACGGGGAGGAAUGUAAAGUUCUUCCAGACCUCACAGGAUGGAGCUGCAGCACAGGCAACAAAGUCAAGACCACAAAGGUAACCCGAUAGUUUUGUCUGCCUCGAAAAAGGACGACUCUCGUGGUGAUCGAGGACUAUGGACUUGCAAGAACAUUCUUAUCCAAAUGGACUUCCGUGACAAUUCAGUGGUGUCAUUUCUCUGAGGACAUCGAGUAGAGUUGACUGGAAAAAGACGAGCCUUAUGUCCCCCAUCACCUGAAACACAACUGACCCCAAACUGUGUCGCUGCAAAGGCCUGCACAUGACAACAUCCUUCUCUGAACAGUCAUGGCCAAAAGGUAACCCGAUAGUUUUGUCUGCCUCGAAAAAGGACGACUCUCGUGGUGAUCGAGGACUAUGGACUUGCAAGAACAUUCUUAUCCAAAUGGACUUCCGUGACGAUUCAGUGGUUUCAUUUCUCUGAGGACAUCGAGUAGAGUUGACUGGAAAAAGACGAGCCUUAUGUCGCCCAUCACCUGAAACACAACUGACCCCAAACUGUGUCGCUGCAAAGGCCUGCACAUGACAACAUCCUUCUCUGAACAGUCAUGGCCAAAAGGUAACCCGAUAGUUUUGUCUGCCUCGAAAAAGGACGACUCUCGUGGUGAUCGAGGACUAUGGACUUGCAAGAACAUUCUUAUCCAAAUGGACUUCAGUGACGAUUCAGUGGUUUCAUUUCUCUGAGGACAUCGAGUAGAGUUGACUGGAAAAAGACGAGCCUUAUGUCGCCCAUCACCUGAAACACAACUGACCCCAAACUGUGUCGCUGCAAAGGCCUGCACAUGACGACAUCCUUCUCUGCCUUCUCUGAGAUGAUAAAACUCCCACAAGUGAAGGCAAAAUACUUUUUUUUUCCUUCAGCAAACUGUAUUAUUAAAUCUCUUCUAUGACUUAGUAGUAUUCCAUACAGGCAUAUGCAUACAAGGAAUUAUUUGGCUAUGGAUUUUGGAAAGAAAAUAUUUUAAAAAAUUAUCAUUCAUACUCCUGUUGACACAAUAACAUUAAAAACUGCAAAAUGUCAAAAUAUUUCCUAAUAAUAAAACCUGUAACACUUUGCAGGUCACAUACAUAGAAAUAGUGUUUUUUUUUUUUAAAUUGGGAUCUUCUUCAUAUUUUGGUUUUGGACCGAGGAAUAAAUCUGUUCAGGUACGGUUUCAAGUAUCUAGUAUGAAGUAGAUGUUAUGGUAUACGUGUAAAAAUGGUCCAUGGAAUUAUUGGGGCUUCAAAGAAAAUUGAUGCUCAAAUGGUUUUAAUAUCUGUGUUUUUAAACCUGUUAACCGCUGUGUCAGUAUUAUAUGAAACGAA